AUGCUGAACCCAAGGCCAAAGUUACCACACACAAAAUCAACUGCGAAAGCAUUUAAACCGCAUAUUUCAUUAGGAAGCGUUCCACAAACGCCAUCUUCAAGACCAUUCGAUCCACGACUGCUGCUAGGACAGACGCCUACAUCUCCCAAACUUCUUGCCGCUUUGGGUAGACUGGCGACUGCGAUAGACACUGCAUUUCCGAAAGUAGAGGCUCACCCACACAAUGUCUGGUUUAGAUACGUUGACCUCGGUUUGUCACUCGGAUUCAGGCCAAUUGAUGACUACGUCCCCGCUGAGGGUGAGGACGUUGAAAAUUUGGACUUUGCGCGACUCAUUUUGGCAGAAGUGACGCUCUAUAACUCACAUAAGCUACAGCAAGACCCACCAUUCCCCUUCCUUCCAUUAACUAUUCCUCCACCACGUUCGGCGAGUCAAGCAACCACCCCAGCUGUCUCACGGAGCAACAGCGUCAGUUCAAACGCAUCUGGCAAGUCGUUCGUUAGUGGGGAUGGUCGCUGGCCUGCUCCACCCUCCCUCACACCCGUGUCAUCCAGCUUUGGAAGUCUCGGUGGCGGUCUAGCCGGUGGUUUAGCAGCCGGUUUGGCUGGUAUGUCGACGCUAGACAGCGACAAGCCGUCUACACCUGGUACGCCUGGAUAUGAACCGCCUAGAGGCUCUGUAGAACUUACCGAGACCUCAAAGUUGCAAAAUUUCAUGAAAACUCUCGGUGAUCCUCAAGAAUCAUAUUCUGAGCCAACGCCCAACAAUGAUGUCGCACAUGCACCUCGCACGCAAGUAGUUAAGAACUGGCCACGAUAUGCGAUCAAAGCACAAUUCGCAGCUCCUCCGGAGAGCGAUUUUAGCAGGCAGAUGGAAGCUAGGUGGCUCACGGUUCGCAUUUCAGAUGCAGAUGGCUUCGAAGAAGACCCACCGGAGAAGGAGAUCGUUGGUGUAAUGGAAUAA